AAACCGUGAAUGUGAUCAACCAAUCACGUUUAAACUUGAUGGCGAAUAACGGAAGUUACGUCACCACAGUACCAACGUGCUGCUAACAAUCAAGCACUUGGACACUAAAGUGGUGUGCAGUCAUGUGGCCUGUAGUGUGGACCGCAUUGCGGACCUACGCGCCUUACGUCACCUUCCCCGUGGCCUUCAUGGUGGGAGCAGUGGGCUACCACCUGGAGUGGUUCAUCAGGGGGACGCCCAAACCCCGAGAGGACGAGAGGGGCAUCUUGGAGCUGAGGGAGGAAAGAAAGCUGCAGGAACAAGUCGGGCAGGACGGCACUCAGGUGCUCAGCCUGAAGGAGAAGCUGGAGUUCACGCCUAAAGCUGCUCUCAACAGAAACCGACCUGAGAAGAGCUAACUCGUGUCAGGUCGACAGACUCGUGGUUGCAGUUUUUUCACCUUUAAAGAUGGCACUCUGGGGUCAAAGAGGGGUGAACUGGAGGACAAAACCACCUUUUCUUCUAUUCGCUGCAGCUACAUGUGACUUCCUAAAAGCCUGAACCUGAGCUGAACAGCAGAGAGGAGCUGGAGCAGAAUUUAAAAUAUUCUUCAAAGCAGUUUUCUGUCACAUUGAACCAUCUACCAGUAUUGUACACAAGCUUCAAGCACGGGUUCAUCAAUGAAACACACCACUUUAAUCAUAACACCGUAUUUAUUGAACUUUCUGCUUUGAUCUUAUGACAUACUGUUUCUGCAAGCACAAACAAACAUUUUAUUCACAUCAGGUUGUGACAAAAUGACCCAGAUUCUAAUGUGACUUUCAAGUUCUGAAGGUGCUGCACUGUUUCGAUGUCGAUGAAAAAACAGCUUUUUCUUCUUUAUUACUGUCAAUGAGAUGAGCCAAAAUAAGUCUGAUAGUUUUGGAGGUUACUGCACUGUUUGGCAGAAUGUUUGGACUGUGCUCAUAGCACUAACAUUUUAGAAAGUCUGGAUCUUUAACACACACAAAUAUCCAUAUUCUGACUUGUGGAAAUAGUAAUGAAUAAAACAAAACAUGUUUUUAAGCUGAAA